AUGGCUGUCCCUGUAGGCAGCGGACGACCAAAACUUAAGACUGCAUUCAAAAAGGCGCGUACGAUCGCGCCGCUUUAUACCUCUGGUGCUGUCGCUAUCACGCUAGAUGGCACGAGGCUCGUUACGUGUGUUGCGGAGGAUAUACUCUUGACGGAUGUGGAGACUGGAGUGCAGAUUUGCCGCUUUGUAGGGGAUACGCAACCGAUAAGCUCGUUAUGUAUUACGCCGUCUGGAUCGCAUCUUCUUGUAUUCACAUCUUCGCUCUCGCUGCGCAUUUACGAGCUCCCUCCCAUCCCAAAUUCAAACACAAACGCAAGCAGCCCACCAGAACAACUGAAAAAGCGCGUGCCGCCCGUACGCGUCGUCGGGCGCGCACACGACGCCCCGGUGCACGUAUGCCGCGCGGACCCCACAUCGACGUAUCUCGCAUCAGGCGCGGCAGACGGCGUCGUGAAAGUAUGGGACAUCCGCCGCGGGUUCGUGACGCAUGUGUUCCGCGGGCACGGCGGGGUCGUCAGCGCGCUGGCAUUUAGCUUCCCGCGUGUGAAAGCCGAUGCAUUGGGAUUGGAUUCUGUGGGGGGGAGGAGGACGAUGCACCUUGUGACGGCGUCGGUGGAUACGCGGAUUAGGGUGUUUAAUUUGACGGAGGGCGCGUCGACGUCGAGUGGGGGCGGGAAGCCUGAGGCGGUGUUGGAGGGCCAUGUGUCGGUGCCGAGGGGGCUGGAUGUGACGCCUGACGGGCGGUGGCUCGUCAGUGGUGGCCGAGACGCUGUUGUGCUUAUUUGGGAUAUGCACUCGAAGUCCGCUGCGGCGUCGACGACGGCGAUGAAAGGCAAGACGAAAAAGGCGAGUGGGAAGGCGGUGGGGAUGACGCCUAGUUUGGCGAAGACUGUGCCGGUGCUUGAGCGUGUUGAGGCGGUGGGAUUUAUGCAGGAGGAGGAGGAGGAUGUGGAGAAAGGACAGUUGAGAUUUUAUACGGGUGGUGAGAAGGGUGUGAUUAAAAUUUGGGAUGCGAAGAAGGGCCAGGUUCUGGAGACGUUUGGGCGGGAGGAUGCCGCGACGACGACGGCCACUGCUUCUGCAGACGAAGAUAUGGAAGAGCAGCGGCAGAUCACAAAUAUUUUAUACCUCCCCUCAAAAUCGACCAUGGUGUCUAUCCACGCCGACCAAAACAUCAUUUUCCAUUCUGCAGUGGACGGAACGCUGUCCCGCCAGAUGAUCGGGUACAACGACGAAAUCGUCGACGCGACGUUCCUCAGCCACCCCUCUUCUUCUUCACUAUCACCACAGCAGCAGCAGCAGCGCGACACGCACGUGGCAUUCGCGACCAACUCGUCUCUCAUCCGCGUUUAUUCCACAGCGAACCUCGACGCGCGGCUGUUGGAGGGCCACUCGGAGAUUGUGCUCGCGCUCGAUCGGUCGGCGGACGGCACGGUGCUCGCGAGCGGGAGUAAAGACAAGACGGCGAGGAUCUGGGCGCCGGUCGUUGUGGAUGAUGAUGCGUCGUCUGCGUCGUGGGGGUACAAGUGCGUGGGUGUGUGCGAGGGCCAUGCGGAGAGUGUUGGUGCUGUUGCGAUGGCACGCGGCGGCAGCGCGCCGGAGGGUGGGCGUGGAGGGCUCAAGUUUAUGUUUACGGGCAGCCAGGACCGGACGAUCAAGAUGUGGGAUGUGUCCGAUGUGCCUACAACUGUUGCCUCGUCUUCGGACGUGGACGUUGUGAGAUGUAAAAGUCUGACGACGCACAAGGCGCACGAGAAGGACAUCAACGCGCUCGACAUUUCGCCAAAUGACCGAUUCCUCGUGUCUGGCUCGCAGGACCGUACAGCUAAAAUCUUCGAGAUCCAGUAUAUCACGAGCAGCAACGGCUCGGUGCGCGGCGAGCUGAAGCUGGUGGGGACGUGCAAGGGCCACAAGCGCGGGGUGUGGACGGUGCGGUUCGGGCGGGCGGAGCGCGUGCUGGCGACGGGCAGCGGGGACAAGACGGUGAAGCUCUGGAGUCUGGACGACUACGCGUGCCUGCGCACGUUCGAGGGCCACACGAACUCGGUGCUCCGUGUGGACUUUUUGUGCGCGGGGAUGCAGCUGGUGAGCGCGGGCUCGGAUGGGCUUGUCAAGGUGUGGAAUGUGAGGGAGGAGGAGUGUGUUGCUACGCUGGAUAAUCAUGAGGAUAAGGUGUGGGCUCUGGCUGUUAGCUCGGACGAGCGCACGAUCAUAUCUGGCGCUGCAGACUCUGUGGUCACCUUUUGGGAAGACUGCACUGAAGAAGCCGAGACGGAAAAAGAAAACAAACGCGCCGAUGCUGUUCUCAAGGACCAGGAUUUUAUGAACUACGUUGCACUGCGGGAUUACAAGCGGGCGAUAGAGUUGGCAUUGGCGAUGGCGCAGCCUGGGCGGCUGUUCAAUCUGUUCCGAGAUGUAGCGGGAGAGGGAGAGAGCAGUUCGCUGACCGGCAGCACGGCUGUGGACGAGGUGAUACGGACGCUGCGGGGCAGUGAGCUGGCGAAGCUGCUGCGGUUCGUGCGGGACUGGAACACGAAUGCAAAGACGUCUGUUGUGGCGCAGCAGGUGCUGUAUGCGAUUGUGAAGCUGCAGAGGGCGGAGCGGGUGAUUGGGGCGUUUGGAGAGGAGACAGCGGAGCGGGCGUUUGCGGAGGGCGAAGAGGAGGAAGAUGCAACGAGUGGGGCAAAGACGGGACGGACGGCAGUCAAGGAAGUUUUGGAAGCACUGAUACCGUACUCUGAGCGGCACCAGGGGCGGAUAGAGAGGCUGGUGCAGGAGAGCUACGUGGUGGACUAUAUCCUGGGCGAGAUGGACGAUGGGAUGGACGUCGAUACUUAG